AUGAAAUAACUGGAAGAGAAACUUGCACAAACUCUAAUCGAAAAAAAAAAAGUAAUGAAGGAAAAUAAAAAACUAGAAUAUAAAAAUAAGUCACUAAAUGAUUAAAUCGAAACAAUAAGUCAUAGAUGUACAUUUUUAACUGAUCAAUUAAAUUUAUAAAAAAUGACCAAUAAAGAAUAGAAUAAAUAAAUUUUGGCAUUUGAUGGAGUUGAAAUGAGUGGUUAAUUAACUCAAUUUUAAAACUUUUAAAUAUAUGAAAAAGAUAAAAAAAUUUUAGAACUUAAUAAAGAAUUAGAGAAAAAAAAUUAUGAAAUUUCAAAAUUAAAGGCUACAAUAUCAAUUUCUAAUCUAGCAUGCAGUGGAACAGAAUAAAAAAUAUAAAAAAUUGAAUUCGAAAUUGAUAAACAGAAAUCAAGAAAAGACACAUUGUAAAAUAGAGUUGAUGAACUCUAAUAAACAUUGGGAGCUGAGGCACAAUUUAGGAGCAGAGAACCAGAUAUAUACAUAACUCCUUGGAUUUACUCCAGUUUAAAAAAUUAAGGAGUUUAUUAAUAUAAUCCCAACUCUGUCCAAUUAAAAAUAAUUAAAAAUAUCAAAUAUCCUAUAAAACCUCAAAAUAAAACUUUUGAUCUCUGCAAAAAUUGCAAUAGAGAAUUUUAUUAAUAUCGCUCAUGUUGCAAUCCAUUAUACAAUUUGGAUGAUAAAUUAUUGUAUGUUCCUGGAGAUGCAUUCAAUUUUGCUUAGGCAUUCAAAGAUAAAUACUUGAAAACUAAAAAUGAAUUAGAGAUUGAUGAACUACUAGAAAUCCUUCUAUUUGAACUGAAUAAAAUUUGGCAUGAUCGAGAAAAAAAUCAUUUGUAAUUGUUAGCAAAACAUUGCAAGAGAAGAAUUUAAGAAAUUCAAAGAGCUAAUUCUUAGCAAUCUCUUUCCGAAAAAGAGAUGCUACAGAACAUAAAGAGAUUGAAAUUAUAAGUUAAAGACUUACAACAAGAGAAUUUAGAAUAUUUUAAUCAAAAGUUUGGUAAAGCACCCAUUCAUAUUUGA